AGUUCAACCAGGAUGACUUCGAAGACGUUCAGCGUACAAGCAGGUCCUCAGCUCCUCGGCUACUUCCUCAACUGGGCUCUACUAGGGGUAUUGCUCACACAAGUCUAUCUAUACUAUUUGUGGUUUCCUGAGGACAGCAAGAUUAUGAAAUGUUUGGUCUAUGGCUUGGCGAUCUUCGAAACUAUUCAAACAUCUCUCACGACUGCUGCGGCAUUCGAUCAGUACAUUUAUUCUGAUGGGGACAUCUCACGGGUUGAUACAUUUCCCUUUGUCUGGUUUGCUGUGCCUAUUAUGGCGGCAAUCACUGCCGCCGUAGUGCAAAUCUUCUAUGCGUGGCGAAUAUUUAUGAUGCUGACCCAUUCAUCGCAUUCAUUGCGUUCAUUGAACUACAUUUUACCCGUGAUAGUCGUGAUUCUUGCUUUGUUGCAGUUGGGGGCAGGUACUGCAGGCGGAGUCAAGAUAGGUCAAGCUGCUACUGCCGCGGACUUAGGCCCAGCAGACGCAUCUUUGACCACUUGGCUUGUCGGCGCCGCUGUCAAUGAUGUAGUUAUUGCAGUUGCAAUGACGAUCCUCCUAUUAAGAGCUAAGAUAGGAAUAGCCAGAAUGGAUGCCAUCCUAAGUGGGAUCAUAUGCCUUUCCGUCGAGACAGGCAGUCUCACAGCCACUUUAGCCAUUGUUGCCGUAAUUUUGAUCGCUUUGCCUUCGCUAAAGCAGACGCUGCUGUAUCAAGCGCCCGCACCUGUAAUCACCAAAAUCUAUGCAAAUUCACUUAUGGUGAACUUGAAUAAUCGUGCAUUCAUACGGAAAAACGUCAUGCUGUCUUUCGUGGAACCAAUUCGCAUCUCUCGCAUAGAUGCCGAACACAGUGCCACCAUUGAGUGGGACACGGAAGAUUCAAUGAGAGCCGAGCAUGGGUCAAAUGAGCGCCAUCAAGGAGGGAGAACAACCGAAAACACAGAAAUGAGGCUUGAGGAUCUCAAAGCCGCAACAGGAGGUAGCAUGACAUUUCAGAUGCACUCACAAGUGUCUAACGUCUAAGACUGGGCAAGACACGCGACGUUGCCCUUGGCUGUCGCAAGCUACAUGCUGAACUAGAACAAUUCGCAUUGGCUCUCGGGACUUUUGAGCGAGCACCAUGAUCCGUUGUACCCUACCAGCACAACAUUGCUGUCAGUGUAGAUCUAUUGCACUGUAAGUCUCCACAGUAUGGUAUGAAAGUAUGGCAUGCAUGAAUCGAUACGAGGCGCACUGCAGGACAAAUGUACGAGGCGUUACCCGCGGGAUUACGGAUUUCAAACCGAGUACUUGUGCCGCCUUCAGUUAGCCGUGCCGUCAGCGGUAGUCUAAGC